GAAGACCAUUCAAAUUAACCAGGUAGCAACGUGUGACAGCUGGCUCCUCGUGCACUUUUUGAAUAUAUAUAUAAUUGCAACUUUUGGAAAGAUAUUUAUAGAUUUUUUGACUUGCUGAUUUGUUAGACACGUUCUGCUUAACAUAUAUUUUGCUUUAGGAGGGAGAUUUUAUGUGCAGUUUUUCACAGACGUUGCUGUAAGCUACUUAAAAAAAGACAACAAUAUUAUUUUCUUUUUUUAGUGUGCAUUAAAUAACACAAAUGCAUAUAUAUCAAUUUACUUUCUGAGAGCAUUUUUCUGAAGCCUGGUCAACUUCGUCAGGUUACACUUGAGAGCGCUGUCCUACAUGACGAUGCGCUCAUUGCCUCACGGUUAUUGAAGAAGGAACGAGCGAGAAGCGUCUCUGCUGUAAUUUCUUCUCUGGACUGGAGGGUUAUUACCAGAAUCUCUACUCUGCUUAUCUGCGCUUUGGUGGAUUUCGCUCGCAUUGUGAAACUUCAUCAUCUGGCCUUUUGACAAGAAACACGAAAUGAAACCCUUUGCCUCGUUUGUCAUCCAGAUUGCGGUGACGCUCCAACUUCAGCUUUCACCUGCUCAGAUUACACCCUCAUCCAGCUCAAACAGCACAACUGGAGUGUUAAUGUUCCAGGAGGUGUGGGGUCGUAGUUUCUGCCGGACCAUAGAGAAGCUGGUGGAGGUGGUUCAGGAGUAUCCUGGGGAGGUGGAGCACAUCUAUAGCCCCUCCUGUGUGCCCCUGGUGCGCUGCGCUGGUUGCUGUGGCGAUGAGAAUCUGGAGUGCCAUCCUACUCUAACCUCUAAUGUCACCAUGCAGCUGUUGAAAAUCAAGCCAGCGGAACAGGGUCAAGAAUACGUUGAGAUGACUUUUGUGGAGCACCAGACAUGUGAAUGUAGAAUCAGGAAGGCUGUGGUGAAAAGUGAAAGGAGGAGACAAAGAGGAAGAGGAAAGAAAAGAAAGGAGAGACCGAGAGUGAAAGAUUGUGACAGGUGUCAGCCCCCUCGCAGGUAACUGCACUAGCAGCCCUACCUGUUGCAACCGGCAUCUCUAUUUAUUCUCUGCCCAGCGCUAACAGUAUCAAGAGUCUUCUAAACACAUGUAUCAAUACUGUGUCUCUCUGCACCUAGAGACUCAAUCAGCUGGGUUGUUAUGGCGACUGACAGGCCCUCCUGCCUAGGGGAGUGUUUCUGACUUAGGUUCUACAGGAAGCACAUGUUGCUGGGUGAAAAAAACACCUUGGUGACAACUGACCUGACAGAUGUUUCUGUGAAGUGGUGCAAUGGAGGACCAAACUUUUUAAGGUUUUAGACUAACAAUCAUGAUGGAUAUGUUUUUGCAUUAUUACAUGAUUAUUAUUGUUUAGUGUUGUUUUUUUAUUGCUGUGGUUGUUUUUGCUGGUGAUCCCGUUUAAAAAGAAUAGGCCUACUUAUGAAUAAAUGUUAUAUUCAUGAAAUUGCAAUGUUGUUUCAUUAAAUCUUUAGGACUAACUGACUAACCAAAUACUUGUGGUCCUCUCAUGGCACGUAGGUUCCUAAGUAGACUAGCAACUCCUUUCCCCAACUGAAUGAGUCAUAUUUAACUUCUUGUCUUGUGGUAUAAAACUUUGUACAAUCAUACAUGGACUAUGGAUUAGUACAGUUAGUACUAUCCUUCAGGGUUGGGUAAGUUACUUUGUAAUUGUAAUCCGUUACAGUUACUAGUUACCGGUCCAAAAUUGUAAUCAGUAACGUAACUUUUGGAUUACCCAA